AUGGAUAAUAAUGAGUUUGAAGGAUUGAUGCCCCCAUCUUUGGCGAACUGUAAGCACUUGAAAAUUCUUGAUAUAGGCAAUAAUAAAAUAGGUGGUACAUUUCCGUCAUGGCUUUAUGCACUUGGAGAGCUAGAAGUUCUUGUCUUGCGAUCAAAUAAACUCUAUGGUACAAUAAGUGGAAGGAGCACAGAAGAUCCCUUCCCCAAGUUGCGGAUUAUGGAUUUGUCCAACAAUCAAUUCACAGGCCAUUUGCCAAUUCAAUACUUUAAGAAUAUGAAAUCAACUGAUAAUUUGUAUCGUUUUCAGAAUGUGACAGCAGUUUUUACUAUCCAUUAUGAAGCAGCAGUCUCAUUAACUGUGAAGGGAACAGAGUAUGAAGUGACAAAUAACCUUCAUAUUUACACAGCUAUUGAUCUGUCGUGCAACAAAUUUCAGGGUGAAAUUCCAAAAGUUAUUGGAGAGCUUAGAUGGCUUGCAUUGCUCAACUUAUCGCAUAAUAGUCUGACAGGACAUAUCCCGUCAUUGCUGAGAAAUAUGAAAGAACUCCAAUCUUUAGAUUUGUCCUCAAAUCAACUGACAGGGGCUAUUCCACCUCAGUUAACUGCACUGACAUUUCUAGAAGUCUUAAACCUCUCGGGAAACCAUCUUAGUGGAGAGAUUCCUCAGAAAGGACAAUUCAGCACAUUCAACAAUGAUUCUUAUCUAGGAAACUCCGCAUUAUGUGGAUCACCAUUGAUGAAGAAAUGUGCAAACACAGCAUCACCUCCACAAGAAGUCGGAAAUGGUGAUGAAGAUGAUGCUGGAGAUGAAUUGACAUGGGAAGCAAUCGUGAUGGGAUAUGGAUGUGGACUGAUAUGUGGAUUGUCAUCUGCAUACAUUGUUCUCAAACUAGGAAAGCCUUGGUGGUUUGUGAGAUAUAUCGAAGUGCUGCAACUGAAGUUGAUGAAAAGAUAUGCAUGA